CCGGUAAUAUUAAAAUAGAGACUCAGAGUGAUGAAGAGAAUGGGCGUGCCUGUGAAAUGAAUGGGGAAGAAUGUGCAGAGGAUUUACGAAUGCUUGAUACCUCGGGAGAGAAAAUGAAUGGCUCACACAAUGGCCCAGGCAGCAAGGCUAUGUCAGGAGUUGGAGGCAUUCGACUUCCUAACGGAAAGCUAAAAUGUGAUAUCUGUGGGAUAAUUUGCAUCGGUCCCAAUGUGCUCAUGGUUCACAAACGAAGCCACACUGGAGAACGCCCUUUCCAGUGCAAUCAGUGUGGAGCCUCCUUUACACAGAAGGGCAACCUUCUGCGCCACAUAAAGUUGCACUCGGGUGAAAAGCCCUUCAAGUGUCACCUGUGUAACUACGCCUGCCGUCGCAGGGAUGCCCUCACAGGACACUUGAGGACUCACUCGGUUGGCAAACCUCACAAAUGUGGAUACUGUGGUCGCAGCUAUAAGCAGCGCAGCUCUUUGGAAGAACAUAAGGAACGCUGUCAUAACUACCUGCAAACCAUGAAUAUCUCAAGCAGCCUUUACUCAGUCAUAAAAGAGGAAACUAACCAGAGUGAAAUGGCUGAAGACCUGUGCAAGAUAGGGUCAGAAAGAUCCCUCGUGCUGGAUAGACUAGCAAGUAACGUCGCCAAACGUAAGAGCUCUAUGCCUCAGAAAUUUGUUGGUGAGAAAUGUCUGCCAGAUCUUCCAUACGAUGCCACCACCAACUACGAGAAGGAGAAUGAGAUAAUGCAGACACAUGUUAUAGACCAGGCCAUUAAUAACGCCAUCAGUUACCUGGGGGCAGAGUCCUUGCGUCCCCUUGUCCAGACACCACCAGGUGGUUCUGAGGUGGUGCCCGUCAUCAGCCCCAUGUAUCAGCUCCACAAACCUCUCGGGGACAACCAGGCUCGCUCCAACCAUACAGCUCAGGACAGCGCAGUGGAAAACUUGUUGCUGCUUUCCAAAGCCAAAUCUGUCUCCUCCGAACGAGAUGCCUCUCCCAGCAACAGCUGCCAAGACUCAACAGAUACAGAGAGCAAUAACGAGGAACGCAGUGGUUUAAUUUACCUGACAAACCACAUAGGACCCCAUGCAAGAAAUGGCAUCUCUAUAAAAGAAGAAAACAGGCAAUACGACGUCUUGAGGGCAGGUACUGACAAUUCCCAGGAUGCUUUCAAAGUGAUCAGCAGCAAUGGGGAGCAAGUAAAAGUUUACAAGUGCGAACAUUGUCGAGUCCUUUUCUUGGAUCACGUGAUGUAUACUAUCCAUAUGGGCUGCCACGGGUUCCGUGAUCCUUUUGAAUGCAACAUGUGUGGCUACCAUAGCCAGGACAGGUACGAAUUCUCUUCCCACAUAACUCGAGGGGAGCAUCGUUUCCACAUGAGUUAAAACUCCUCUGGCACAGAUUGAGCCUCAACAGCUGCAUUACUGGAGCUGCAUGAGCCACGACAGCAACAAAGCACAAAUCAGCUGGACAGUAAAAGUAACAAGAGAAUCAAAAAGUUCAGCUAUCUUCUCCCAGAAGAAAAGAUUUUUCAUUUUGAUAGCAUGCAUUGCAACUCGGUUUUCUAAAAUAAGUACUAAAAUCUUUACCGAAAAUCUUGGCUCACCAAAAAUCUGUAGUAAUAUAACUUGGAGCUUUUGUAGUCACGUAGCUGAAAGCCCUUUCCUUACUUGAUGCUUCUUGCAAACCUCCCUUGCCAAAACUGUUAACCAGGAGCAGGAUGCACCACGUGGACGAGGACACAACAGGCAGGUGUGGCCAAGCCUUCUCUCUUAACACCCUGAGUGUAGGGCUCUUACACCAGAUUUUUUUU